AUGGCAGGGCUCACGGGGGCCUUGGACGCAUUUCUCGCGGCCGCGAGUGGAGCCUGCCGCAGUCCCAUCGCCGUCUUCAUCCAGAUCCAGGUACUCCGGCGAGUUGAAUUUUUUCGAGCCUCUUUGACAUCUGGAUCUGGACAGUGAAUGGUGCCUUGGCUUGAAACAUUUACAGGGGAUUUUUUUCAUCCCAUUUGAGUGUUCGUAAUGUGUUCAUUCUUACGAUGUGUAAAGAAUGUAUCUUUCGUGCCCUCUUCUUGACCUUUCGCUAUGUUUUUCCUAGAUGAAGUAAGCUUUACGCUUGAUAUGACAUUUCCUUCGCGGAAAAUUGAAAAAAAUGAAAGAACUUUAACAGGAAACUGCUAACGCACUUUUCUCUAAUCGGAGCUUUCCUUCCUGAGUAUUUUCACCGGAGAAAUUCGUCGUUUCUCAUUUUCCUGUAACUCAUGCUCUCAGGUAAUAAAUUUAAUUUGAACUUAUUUUAUGUCAGAUACAUUACCUGAAUCAGUGGACAUCAUUUUCCCGUGUGUUUGGUAUUUUUGAGUGGUGAAUCAUGAGGCAAGUGUGUAGAAAUAUGACUAACCACGAAUAUAUCAUCUCUUUUGUCCUGUGAGCAGAUGCAUGAAAGUCUAAACAGAAAAAAUGCUCCAUAUUUUUUUAAAAAUCGAUUAUCCUUUUUAGUCGUAACUAGCAUGAGUUGGGAGACGAGGGAAAAGAGCUUGAUACGAAAUGAAAGCUUCAUGGUGAUAUAGUUAGUUAAAAUUCAUGUGCAUAUUCUGCAGAAGCAAGACACAAAAGGCUCAUUUUUUCACAUUGGUUCUAUGGAAAAUGUUGCCCAGUUCUGUGUAAACACUGCCUUAAGGAGAGAAGGGCUGAGCACAAAUCUCUUUGGGGAGGAUAGAAGAUGUUUCUGCAUUAUUUUGAGAUGAAAUCUAUUGUCGCUACAGUAACAAAGACAGAAUAUUGACUGCUCGAAAGUUGAUUCCCUUUUCAUAAUAUUUUCUGCUUCUGUUUUCUCUUCUAAUUAAGUAUCUUAAUUGUGAGGUAUAUUAUUCUGGCGAACGGGACUUGCGAUUUUUUUGUACACGUUAGGGUUUUUAAACCCACAAUAUACUCAUGUAUCUUUUAAAAGUGGAGAAUAUGUCAUUUCACAAAUAAUUUUCGACUUUAUUUAAUUCCUAAAAUACCUUUUUGUUUGGAGGAUCAUGAGUCCAAGCCAAUUUUCUUUGCACAUCUCAUUAAUGAAUUGUCAGUUUUCAUUAAUUUUUAAGGUGACACGAGUAAUUAAAUUGUACAACCACUAGGAAUUGAAAUCCGCAGGUGUCAAUAAACACUUAGUCUUCAUCCUGAUGUGCUGCUUCUCAAAUUGUCAAUGUGCCCACUCCUCUCAGGAUUCCCCCAUUUGCUAGGAACCCCCUCAUCUACUUGUUGCUUCCUCGUUGCCCAAGCAUUUCCAUCCUUUUGCCCUCAUACAUGAAUUUCGACUUUUUCACCAACUCGUGGGCACGCUUAUUUUUCAGCGUAAAAGUGGCUUUCCAAUGUAGAUUCUUUUCAGUCUCCUGUACUCACCAUUUCAUUUAUUGCGCAUACUCAUUCUCUACGACUAUGCCAACUUAUGGGAUAGCCCUUAGUUGGGCAUUGCCUGAUCACCAGUUAUUCUACUUUAUGUGGCAUUUUUCUUCCUGAAUUUGUUAAAAUUGCAUAGUAAAUGAGAACCUACUUUUGAUAGUCAUUAUUUGUCUAGAAUGAGAAUACUUUUCAAUGUGCAAUACUCAUUGUCAUAAUAAUGUAUGGACUUUAAAAGUAACUGGAGCUUUGGUAGUUUACCUUUAAUUCAUACUUUCCCUAACAUGCUUGCUUGUCAUAGUAAUAAAGUUUUUCUAAGUACUUAUUUAGUCUUUAUUUUCUUCACCCUUUUAUUUUCAGGGAUGCUUCAUAUGUUUGACCCUUGCAAUUGGAUGGGUUUUUGCCUCUCACGUCAGGUACUCAAAUCUUUUAAAAUAAGAGUUGGCACUAUGUUGAAUAAUAGCCCUAUGAAAGCAAUCGUCAAUCUUGAGGAAGAAGUAAUUUCUUCAGCAUCAUCGAUUCAUUUGUGUUUCAGGUACAGUGCCAUACUGCGAAUGAAGCGUGCAACUGCGGGUGGAAAUCCUUUUGCAUUUAUCUAUGAAGAUAUCAAUGAUCUUGAGCACUGUGCUCAGUCAAAGUUGCCGAGAGUCUCAGUUGUUAUGCCUCUCAAGGGGUUUGGGGAGCAUAAUCUGCAGAACUGGAGAAGUCAGGUCAAUAUUCACAUAUUCAAGAAACUCAAGUACCCUUUCAGAUGUUUUGUUGUCAUUCAACUGCUUCUUUCAUGUUCCUCCAAAAAAAUGCAUACCUUUACAUUUGCAUUGCUAUUAAUUCAAUUUUAUGACUGCGGCUUGUGUUUACAUCUUCUAUUGGUUCACCUCAACUGGCACACAUACUGUGAUCAAUUGUUUUCAAUGAAAUUCACUUUAUGUUUGAUUUUCAAAAAUUUCCCGCUUGUACCAUUGUCUGGUGUGCUGUUUUCAAGCCUCUCCUGAUAGGUGCAUCUAUUCAUUUAUACUUUUGGUUUUGUGUGCAAAUUUUCCAUUAACUAAAGUAAAAUACCAAAAAUAUCCCAUCCCACCCUACUGAGGUCGCUUCACUUUUUUCCAUCUUUAAAAUUGAAAAACACAGGAUCUGUUUGGAUUGAUCGGUUCCCAAUUGGAGCAGGUCUUUUAGACACUAUGUAGAAGACGUGUCCUGUGGAGAGUAAACGGGAGAAAAAUAAGGUGCAGAGAGCGGAAACAAUUGAAGAGAAAGAAAAAUCACCUCUCUCCCGCCUACCCUUGCUAUCUCUCAUGUCUCACCCCCCCUUCCCUCAUUAGUGGCCUUUUCCUGAUAUUCAGAAGGUUCCAAGUAUAUUACAAUGCAAGGUCGGAUGGUGCUUAACACGAGAGGCCUAUUUUGCACAUGGAAUCAUGCGCAUAUAGUACGAACAUAUCUUGUAAUUGUAGAUUAUUUUUCCGUAGAGAAUGGUAUAUGUGCAAUGCUGUUUUUUCCUUUACAUUUUGAUUCUUUUUAAGCAUGUUAACAUGGAAUAACAUAUAUUUCUUCUGACUGCUGGUACAUUAUGGAAUCACAUGCUCUUACACUGUCUAUGUAUUUCUCAAUUAUCUCCCCUUUGUAUUUGAUUGCAGAUUACUUCGCUCUACGGAGGGCCCUUGGAAUUCCUUUUUGUUGUUGAAAGUGUUGAUGAUCCAGCCUACCAUGCUAUUACUCUGUUGAUCUCAGAAUUCAAGGUGAAUUGAAGAGCUGCUUUUUGGGGCACUGACUGUUGACAUUUUUUUAAAAUCCUUGCAUGGCAUGCUGACAUUUCUUCUUUAGAGAUGUUAUUCACAGUGUACACCACAUUACCGCGCUAUAUCUAGUGGCGGCCACCCUUGUCGUCUUUAUUUUCAGCUUACUGCUGACAACUUAUUAAAAAAUUAAUCUCACAGUCUGGUUCACGAUUUAUUUUCUCUCAUUUAUUACAAUUUGUGAAUAAUGUAGUUUUGAUUGAAUGGGUUGGGAUGCAUGUGGUUAUCCCAUUUCUAUUUAGUUGAUCAUGUUAGAUAAGUCCAUGUCUUUUGUGAUCAUGUAUUAUAUCUGACGGAGAAGGGAGUUUUCUGACAGGGUGCUGAUUUAUUUUCAGGACAACAUUGAUGCGAAGAUUGUCGUAGCUGGUCUGUCAGAGGCAUGCAGCCAGAAAAUUCAUAAUCAAUUAGUAUGUGUUAAUUUCCUUAUUUGAAAGAGACUCGUAUGCAACAGGGAAUAUUUCUGUGCGUGAAAGUUGAUGUUCUGUUCCUGUCAAUUGCUUUCUUAGAUGGCCUUGUAUUUACUUAUUUUAUUUUUCGUAAAAUGUUACAUGUUAACCUGCUCUAGCUAUCGACAUUUGUGAUGUGUUCUUUACAUGAUGGAAUUUUUCAUAUGAAGAUAGAUAUUACUGGUAUUCCUUUUACUUCAUGGGAAGGUAUCCUGGUAGGAAGGUCUGGACAUUUGAAAAAUCUACUAUUAUGUUCAAUGUAUGAUGAUACAUGAAUCUAUUACACUUCGAAGUUCUGACAUGGGCAAAUUGGCAAUGAACCCAUGAGCUGAGAAAAAUGAUACAAAUUGGUUUCUGUCUUUUUCUUGUCUUUUCACUGCAAACAACUGUCAUAGUGUUGACUUGUGUCGCCAUGUAUAGAAUGUAAAAAGGGACACGGAACAAGAACCUUUUCCUGAUCAUCCAAUUUUAGCAGCUAUGCACCUUUCUUAGUGCAAAGAUUUGAUCUAGGCAAUUGUUGCUGGUGUGAACUGGUUCCUCUCCUUGAAUUUAAACUUGAUAAUUCUCUUUUUGAAUAUUUAUUCCUGUUUCUCGAGAUCAUCAAAAAGGUUUUGUAUGCUGUUUGGUUUUAGUGUCUUUUUGAAUAUGCUACUGCACUACCCUAAUUAUCUUUCUUAUAGGCAAGCGAUUAUUGAUAUGACGAUCCUUUCCAUCCAGAAUUGAAACAGUUAAAAAAGGCUUGGGAAAAUUUGUUAAACCUUCUUAGAGUUGGAUCUAUUUGAUGAACCCAUCAAUAUUCCCAGUUCUUCACUGUCUUUUUGUCUUUUCCUUCGGUGGGUUGUUCAUACUUAAGGCUGUUCUUUUCAUACUUUAUCAUCCUCUAUUUGUGUCAUCGAGAAAUCAGGAUUUUUUUCUGAAAAACUUUAGAAAAAUUAUAAUUGUCAGAUUGUAAACGACUAAAGAAGAAUCCUCUGCUUGUCGUCUGCUUGAUAUACUUGUGGCUCAUGUUCAAUUCUCCUCAUUAGGUUCUACAUGAUUUUCACGAUACUAUUUUUCCAAUAUAACUGCAGAAGUUUAAUUGAAUAUGCCUGGAAAUCAGAUGAUAUUGUGUUCUGCUUGUUACUUCUUUAUUAUCUUUGGUCCUUGCAUGAUGUCUUCAUUUAUUGCAGUAUACAAUCAGUUUAGAUAAUGUGCAUUUGCGGUUUCUCCAAUAAGAAACUAGAUUGGUUUGAAUGCUACUUGAUUGUUACGGAAUGGUUAUCUUUAUAGGUUGGUAUCCAAAAAAUGCACCAAGACAGCAAGUAUGUGCUGUUUCUAGAUGAUGAUGUUAGACUACAUCCUGGUUCAAUAGGAGCACUCACAGCAGAGAUGGAGAAAAAUCCUGAGGUUUGUUUGUCUGAUGCCUGUACUAGACCUCUUCCCGAAAUGCUUUCAAAUUUAACUGCCUUUUGGAUGUUAGUAUUGUUGUUGUCAAUUUGCAGAUUUUCAUUCAGACUGGCUACCCUCUUGAUUUACCAUCAGGAAGCUUGGGAAGUUACUGUAUCUAUGAAUACCAUAUGGUAAGAACACCUUAUAGUUAAAAUUUAUCAUACUCUCCUAGCAAUAAUUGGAAUUAUAAUCUUCAUCAUUUGUUCUUUUAUACCUUGCUUCUGUAAUUUUUGAAACUGUUGAUUAACAACUGGUUAUCGUCUUUGUUUUGUUUUUUUUUUCAUCCUUCGUCAUCAGAAGAUACACUUCCUCUUGCCCAACCAAUAUGCACAGACUUCUUAUAUCUGACUUUGGUGUUAUUCUCCUUGUUGGACAUUUUUUUAAGUCACUUAGUCUUUGGAAGGAAUGAUAAUCUGUGUUUCUAUGUAUAGGCUUGCAUGAAAUAAGAACUCACGUCUCAGCAUCCUGGUUACUGGCCUUCUCGAUUUAGGAUACUGGAGAGUAUCUUGUGCAUAUAAGACAACUUAUUGUCAUGAAUCCUUUCAUUUUGGUUUCUCUAAAGUUUGAACCUAGGCAUCUUUCUUAUGUCUAAUCAUUUUAGCCAUUUUCAGAUUUGCCAGUACUUUUUUUUCGUUUUGGAAUGAUGAAGACCCUGUAUCACCAGUGAACCUCAGUAAAACUCAUGAAUUCCUACGUACUUCCUCCAUUAUGAUCCCUUCGGGUGUUCAAAUGAGGUCCCUGGUAGGAACACUUUAUGCCUUCUUCUCUAUAAAAUGGUGUAAUGUUUGCCAUGUGGAAAUUAUGGAAGUUGUAAUUAGUGUGUGUCCUACUGAUACAAAGAAUUAAUCCUUUCAUUGAUGUGUGACGCACCAUACCUGUGACUGAUUUCAAGAGAAAUCACCAAAUGUGAAUUUAAAUGAAAGUUGGCCAACAAAUGAGAUAACCUCUUUGAGCAGUCACAGUGGGGUUACGCUUGUAACUAGGGUCCCUUCUAAGGUUCCUGGUAUUCAAAGCCAGACAGAUUGUAGGAAGUACGGAAACUUCCUCUGACCAAGGUGGUUGUUUAUGAUGGAUAAGGAGAUAGGGUUGGUGGGGACUUAGAGGCAAGCAUAACCAGCUAUAAUUUUUUGUGACAGAAGAUUAGAUGAGAGGUCCAAAGUAAAAAUGAGAAUGAUUAUACCUUGAAUCUGUGGAUGGAGACUCAUAGAGGUCAUCUUUGAGCAAAUGAUCCCACUAACUAUACUUCUCAUUGAGAUGUAGCGAUCCCACACUGCCUAAAGGAUGCUAGGGAUCAAAUACGGACAAAUUAACCCUCAGCUUCACAUUUUGGGAUCUUGAUUUUACACCAGAAAAGGACUUUCUUGACCCUUUUGGGAUCAGUGUUUCUUGAUUUUGCACCAGAAGCAUGAUGCCUUCAAUGCUCCUAAAAAGUAGUGAAAAGUUUGGGGGUUCCCCUGGGAUCUUUAAUAGACCUUAAAUACUUCUAGAAGAGGUCAAAAUUGUCAGAUAUAAACUUGGACUCAAUGACCUAACAAAAAUCAGGAAAAGAAAUCCCUAUUACAUUAUUCACCAAGUCCAGUCAUGCUCUUCCUUUGAGUGCAGACCUUGACUGGUGCAUGGUUGACUCUGAUGUCCUCAUUAUUCAACUAGUUAGAAAAGAAAAUGCCAUUCAAGCUAGCUUAUAUAAGCUUUGGCCAUAUCGAAUUUGAUAGUAUUAAGAGUAUGGGUUUUCUUCUCAAGAUGCUGAGCGUGUUUUAAUGCUGUUAACAAAGGGGCGUGAUAGAAGCCUCAUAGACAAGGGCGAUUGAGUUGGUUAGUAGAUUUAUAGAAUUUGUUUACUAUCGGCUUUCUCUUUACAAUAAUCGCAUCAGAAACUAUUUUCUGCCCCUUUAGUUUCAUGAAAAUGCACUUCAGCAGGUUGACUGUUAGAGUGAUUUUUUAGUUCUUUGAUGAUCUGCAUAAAAGUUUCUUGUCAUGUCCGAAUCUUGUUGACCCUGACUAGUUUGGGUUUAGCCAUGUUUUUGCAUGAAAAAAAUGACGAGCAAAGGAUAAUGAUAAGGGGAGGGACAGAAAUAGUGGUCUUUGUUAGUCAGUCCCGCAUACCUAUGGUUUUCACGCCUUGGUCCAGGUUUAUGCUUCAAAGUUGUCCUGACUAUGAAAUAAACCAGUCUAUGCUUUGAUGGGGAAACUCCUCGUUGGGCAGAAGAUCCCAUCUCUUACUGCUUGUAUGUUACCAUCCUACAUCUCUGUUAUAAACAUCAGUUAUCCACAAACCUCUGCAAGUAAUUUUGAUCACUUGUCAUGGUAUAGGCAUGGGGCAUGACUUUUUAUUUUUCGAGGGCUAUUUGGACGAAUCAUUAGGGCUAGGAUGUUGAAUGAGAUUAGUUAUGAACCCAGGAGAUCUUGGGCUAUUUUCAUUUGAUAAUGUCUCUUUUUACCAUUUUCAUAGUCGUUAGUUAAAAUAUCUGUCAAAAUAUGCGUAGUUUCACUGCAUAAAAACGAUCUUUUUUAUCAAUUCUCUUGGUCAUUGUAUCAUAGGUUUUCCCCUUGGUGUUGACAUGUAUAAAACAUGUGUAUACAUAUUUAUUCGUUAACAUCUAUGUAGUGUCCAUAUUUUUGGGUCAAGGUCUUGAUAGUUUUCCGAGUCUUGCUUUAUCCUCUUGGAGUUUGUUAUUCCUCUUGUGGUUAUUGAAAUCUUCAUGAAGAGAUAAUAUUGGUUUCUCCAUUACAAGAACAAAUAUGAACCAACGAUCCAUAAUUAAGCUCACCAAGUUUAUUCAUUUUUUAGUUAUUUCUGCUGCAUCCCAAAUCAGAUCAUUCAUGCCUCUGAGGAAUACUUUUCCAUAUCUUAUCAGAGUUCUUCUUUUACAUUUUUGUAUAACAGUUUUAUUUUUUUUCGUUAAUUAAUUUGGUUUUCCUUUUUCUCGCUAACAAAGUGUUGGAAAUGGUUUUAAAAGUGUGAAUAGUUAGCCCUUUUGCGCUGAUGUUCACUUUCUCCUUCCUUUUUGAUAUCUUUGGCCUAGAGUGAUCAUGACUACCAUGUCUGCUGUUUUAUUUUCAGCCUUGUUCGAUGGGAUUUGCUACUGGUGGAAGGACAUUUUUUUUAUGGGGAGGGUGCAUGAUGGUAAAACUUCAACGUAACUCUUUUGCUUGAAAGGCACUUUAUAAAGUCUCACAAACUUUCAUCUCCCUUUGUGCUCAUAUCACUUGUUUAUAUUCUCAGAUGCAUGCUGAUGAUUUCCGAAAUGACCUCUAUGGUUUGGUCAGUGGACUUAAAAACGGUGGUUAUUCUGAUGACAUGACCCUUGCUGCAGUAGCUGGUAAAACUUCCAUGCUACCAUGCUUGAAAUUGGGGCUCGAAAUGAGAACAUUUAUGUUGAUAUAUGAUGAAUUUUUUCCUCUUCAUGUGAUUCUUUGGGUUCUGAAAACAGUCUACCACACUAUUCAUAAGACAUAAGCCCUAUUUUCGUCUUCUUUAUCUUCUCUAUAAAUAUUUAGUUGCUUCUGUUCUGCCUCAGUGGCACUCCCUGGGUUUAGUGGAUGCAUUUUUUUAUUCCCGUCAUGUUGUUAGUUUUAUUUGUAAUGGGUAGAUCAAUUACUUCUAUGGCCUGUAACUCAUUUGUUCUUUCUCUUUGUAUUCAAUCUUUAAUCCAGAUUUCUGGUUCCUUGACUGUUCCAGACCUUUUUAGAAGCUAAUUAUGAAAUAAACCUGUCUAGAUUCGACAAAACCAUCCGUGGUUCUAUUUCUUGUGAACUGAUACCGCUCACAUUCAACUAAUGCUGCAUCAUAAUUUAUCAUGUUUUCUGCUUUAAGGCCCUUUGUUUUCGCUUCUUCUCUUGAUGCCCACCAUUAUUAGCCCAUUCUCUCCCCCGAACUUGCUUCCGACUGUUUCCCCCUGUCUUUCUUUGCCUCAUUACUUCCUCCUACUUUGCAAACUCUGCCUCUUCCGUCUUCAUUCGCUUGCCCAGAACGCCUUGUUCUGAUGCCAGAUGAGCGGAAUUCGGGUUAAGGUUUUCAGUUGGCUCAGUCUGAGAAUCUUCAAACUGAGUCUAAAGUUGUAAAUUUUGUGGUAUGAAAAGGAAAAUAUCAAAUUUACUUUAUAUACUCUCUCGAAGGUUACAUAUAAGUACUUACUACUGUCAGUUGCUCGCUUGAUUAACACAAGAUAUCCAAUGCAGGGGCACAUAAGAGACUGAUCACCUCACCGCCAGUUGCUGUCUUUCCUCAUCCGCUUGCAAGUGAUCUCAGCUUUUCAAGGUUUUUAUUCUUUUAUUUGAUUUCCUCAUAAUAGAAUUAGCAUGAAUCUACAACGAUGCUCACCAUCAAAUCCUUUGCGCGUAGAUACUGGAAUUACCUCAGGAAGCAGACAUUCGUUCUGGAGUCGUACAUUUCUGACGUCAAUUGGUUGAUGAACCGCGCAUUAUUUUUUUCACAUUGCUAUCUAUCUUGGGGAUUUGUGUGUCCAUAUGUUAUGGCUAUGGUCCAUAUUGUGACAGCCAUACGUGCAAGAUUCGGUGACUAUCCUUUCAACGAAACCACUGCGUCAUCCACCGGUGAUUACUUAAUUCCCUUCUGACUAGAACCUUUUUUGAACAGAGAUGGGACAUCUCUUUCUCUCUCUCUCUGGAUAUAUAUGUACAGAUAUAUGUUGCAGGAUGAAAUCCCAACAGUUGCUUACUGUUUGCAUGUUGCUUGAAUUCAGGCCUGUUGCUGACAACUUGCCUGGCUACGUGCACCGUUUUGGAGCUUCUUUCAAUGUGGAACCUGACGAAGGUGGAGAUUCAAUUGUGCAACAUGCUAUCUCCAGAAGGGCACCGAGUAUCUCUUGGUUCGUACAACUGGGGACUUGUAAGCAUCUCAUCCUCCCAUUUCGUUCAUGUCAAUGGCCAAACCCCUCCUCCCUGCCUUGCAUUAUUUCUUUCACCUGGUUCUCAUUUGAUCCAAUGGCCUCAUGCAUCUGGUCCUUCCAUUGCAAUGGCUCUAUGUGAUCCGCUUUGCUCCGAAGUAUGCAUGCGUGAUGUGAUGUUCAGCAAUGUGUUGAAGGAAGCUUUUGCCACUGAUGUUGCCUCACAAGCAGGUUUUCAUAGCUAUGCUGGUGGACAACUUCCUGUACCCUGUAUCCGCCAUUCGCUCCCACUUUUCUCAAUCCAUCAACUGGUCAGGGAUUCGUUACCACUUGAGGAACGGCAAGAUAAGCAAGGUGCGUGCGUUGUUCUUCGACUGUAAGAUUAUGAUGAUCGUUUUGUCCCUGAUCGAAAAAACUUGAGCAAUGGUCGGCCCCAUUGCUGAUCAGUUCUGAGUUAGGAUGCCCCUGUAGCUGCUCUCGGCAUAUCCAAAACGCCUUAAAGUUUAAACUUAUAUGAUAAUUCUUCCGAGUUAUAUCUACCAUCCCCUAUUCAUAGGACCCAUUUGGCUAUCUGGGUAGCGAGAGAGAGAGAGAGAGAGAGAGAGAGAGAGAGAGAGAGAGAGAGAGAGAAAGAGAGAGAUACCAUGACAGUAAUAUUAUCUCUGUCUACAUUCUAGUUCAAGAAAUAUUAUUAUUACUAACCACAGGAAUGCCGGAAAAGAUUGUGCCUUAAACUGUUUUACUGUUGUGAUUUCGAUGUUUUUCUCACCUCACCCUUCAUCUUCUUUGCCGAAUAUUUCUGCAUAAUUUAAAAAAUACUUUGAUGAAGUAUUCAACAGGAUCAUCAUCACCUAGACACUGUUAAAAUUUUAUACCUGUGCAUUAUCCAUCUGCAGAUCGAAAGAUGCAAGGAUCCCAGCUACUCAGACCUGGGAGGCAAGCAUCUGUACCAGAGGAGGGGUUCCCCAACCAAGGCUCUCUUCCUCAACUCAAUCCUGCGAAGCUUCUCGCAGUGGCACCAUCCCAAGAGAUCUGACAGCUAG